AGCUGGACGGAUCGUUUCCCUUGACAGUUGACAACCAACUUGUCUGUCAACUGGAUUGCGAACGAUGGGAUGUAUAUGAGUCUCCGGAUAUGCGCCCAGGACGUCCUUGCGAGCGAAGUCACCUUCCAUACAUUCUCUUCCCGCCUACCUCCGUGUCCGUGUCAUGAGAGCGUGCCUUCGCGCGGGCCGUCCGAUACAUCUGGGCCGCAAGUCUGUCCUCGCUCGUCCUUAUGAUCUCUCGAGUCGUUCGGUCCACCCGGUAUCGCACUUCGUGAGUACGAGUCGGGGUCGUCAACAGGCGCAAUGGAAUCCCCAGAGAGAUGGCUCCGGACUCCAAACGACCCUCUUACGAUUGCGUGAAGAUGUCCUGGAUAAGCAACCGGUUUGCCCAGUGCCUACGUCGGAGCGCAGAGAUCCGAAUGCCUGGAUCAGAUAUCUCGAUCAUUUCCUACCCGCGGAACUACGGGGAAAUACAACAGACGAUGCUGGACCGGCGGAGAGCAGUCUUGCUCAACAGGAUAUCCAUGAGCAAAGUCAGGCCAUAGCUACUCUCUUGUUUCAAGCAAGGAAGCUAAACAAUUUGGAUCUCCUUACGCAUCUUGGGUUCAAACUUGGCAGGUGGCAGGCCGUCCAUGCGCUCGUUAACCAGCUCCUUGACUCGACGGAAUCACUAGAGGCCCUGUCGAUUCAGUCGCGUCUACCUUCCAAUAUCGACUGGGGAUCCGAGACGUCAUUGGAUCAACUCACCAGCGACUUCCUCGAAUUUAAGCCCGCUGAAAUCCGCAUCAAGCGAGAAAGCCUCAAUGCGGCUGUCUCGGAAACGGAUUUGGAUAAGACGACGGAACGGCCAUUGGCCCAGGAGCUAUCGCGGUUAUUGAAGCGGGAACUGUGGCAGAGUUUGGGAUCUAUUAUUCUCGAGGCUGCAGAUGUGUCUCCUGAGCAGUCUAAUGUCGCCAUGCAAUACGUCUACCAGGUCCUUGCUCGUCUUCACCAUUCCGGUUCAAUACCUGAUGCGGUCUAUAAGUAUAAGGCCCAGAGUGAUGAGGAUGCAUUGUUCCGCCCGCCUGGAAUGCAUCUCCUCUCCACACAUAUCAUGAACGUUCUGUCUGAUACUGUGUGGAGGGUGCAGGAAGCAGAGAUAUCCGCGAAAGCGGCUGCGGUAGGACAGAAGUCGCCUUUUCUUCCUUUCAAUAUGGGAAUUCGGCAAUUAGGGUCCGAGAUCUGGUUGGAGUUCAUUCUGUGGUGCUGCGUGGAGGAAGGCUACGUGAAAGAGGGAACAUGGAUUGUGCAACAGAUGAAAGCCCGUGAGGGUGAUCUUGCUUGGAAAGUCGACAGCUGGAAACCUCUUCUUGCUCAUCCACGCUCGGUAGCAGAUACAAAUAUCGAUGUGGAGGAUUUCUGGCACCGUCCGGGGGACACGCCGACCAGCCGGUCAGCUAAGAGUAAGAGAGGGUUGUUUCUAGGCCUGGGAAAGCGAACAAUCAGUGCAGAGGUUAUCGAAUCCUUGAUGGACGGCGCUGCGAACCUAGUCUAUCGUGGACUAGGCUACCGCGGGUAUUCCCCAGGUAGCAUUCUGCAAAAUCUGAAUUUCCUCCAGUCCAUGCUUCUACGUUCCCCCAAAGGAGCUCUGAGGCCUCCGUCGAGAGUGUCAAACUGGUCGGUAACGAGGAUGAUCGAGUCCCGUGCUAUCGAUCCACAGGCUGAUCCGCAGGCUCUCGAGCGAUUACUACGAGCACAGUCUCAUAUCGUGCCGCCUUGGGAUUCUAAUACUCCCACUGCUGAAGAGGACCUGGAAUUGUUGGAAAAGCCGCAGUUAUACGAUGACUCGGCCGCUCUGAUCGGUUUGGUCGAGUAUAACCUCAGGUCUUAUGCGGAAUAUCGUCAUGCUGGAGCUGCUUUCGACAUGUUUACUUGGUUACAGGAACUCGUUGAUUCAAGUAAGCUGCAACAUAUACAAGGCUUCCUCGACGAGAUCCGGCAGCUCGACAAUGGCAACGCAUUUCUCAGCCAACGGAAGUACCCCUCAAUCAAUCCGGGAGGCUCCUCAGUUCCGCAGUUGUCCUUGGUGACCUUGGCGCAUGUCCUCGACCUGGCAACUACUUCCCGCGCCUUCAGUCUUGGGGAAUGGUUGCUCUUUUCUACUGAUGUCGAUGGCCCAGCCAUCCCUCUCGGGUCCUUUGGCGAUGAGGCUUUGGCGCCUUCGAUAUUACGAUUCGCGGCAGCUACAAGGAAUACAGAGCUCUGCAACCAGGUUGUCAAAUCACUGACUCAACCUGUUUCGCGUAAUACUCUCAAAGCUCUCCUCAGUUUCCGGAUUACAAUGGGAGAAUGGGAUCGAGUAGUCACAAUGUUUGAGUAUCUUCGGGACCACAAAGCGAAGGCUUGGGGUGAGAGUAAUAUCACUGCUCUCGCGGCUAUCGUUCUCAGAUUGGAUCGUGCAGCCAAACACAAGGGCGGACCAUCUCCCAGCGACGAUAAGACCAGCUCACUUUUCCGAGCAAAGGAUAUCCUACGAAGAGUCCUUAGUGGUGAAUUCAAUGUCCCGCCUAAUCCGCAAAGGCGAUCUGGAUAUCAAGAAAGGGCCUUGUACAGACACUACCAGAUCUUCAUGAGUCUUCCAGGCCCACUUCGGGAAGUCGCGGAGAAGGCAGAACUCAAGUACAAACCAUCAGGCAGUCGACAUAUACUACCUUACGUCCCGUCUGUAGCCUUCCAUAAUCUACUUACGGCGGUCGUAGAUAUUUACGGCAGCGCCGCCGGCAAGCAGUUAUGGGAGCGAUGGUGUCUCUCACCCGAGUAUUCCGAGAUGAGACGUCUGCAGGAGGGUGGCACUGCCCGUCUAUACUCGUCCGACGAACUCGAUUUCAGAAAGGGCGCGCCUGCUUUCAACCCGCUUAGGUUGGCAGAGAUCCAGAGGAAGGCCGUUAUCCCAAACCUAAACACAGUCCGCAUCAUUGCUCAGGCAGCUGUCAAGGAAUAUAGGCUCCAAGAAUCCCAGAAGUCGACCGCAAACAAUCCCACGGACGCCAUCUCCUCUCCAGAGAGCGCAACUCCUGCUGAAGUGCUGGACUUUUGCAUCGACAAAUUCCGCAGUCUGCGCCUCUACGAGAAGGAAAUCGACAGAGAAGUCCAAGGCCACCUAAGCCGAAAAAUGAAGGAGCCGUUAUCAAAAAAGAGGAAGGCCCCCAAACAUAUCAUCAAGAAUAAAGCUAAGGACCAAAAGGCCAGAACCGUCUUCGCCUGAUGAUCAUGCUCUUCACACCCUGUCUUACCGUUACCUUUCAAAUCCUAUGGCUCAGUUAUACCUCAUGACUCCCUUCCUCCUUUUCCUCCAUCCUGCAUACUCCUGAGCAUUCCAGUUGCUUUUUCCCCCACUCUGCUGCAAUUCAGAUACCCUUGAAGGAAAAAAAGCGGUGUAUUCUACUUUUCCGUUUACAUAACUCAUCUUGUAUUAUACUAUGCUAUAUACCCUCAGAUUUGAACAAAACUUCACUAACAGAAGGGUUCUACGUUUCAUGUCCUUUUUUGGGGUUGUCUUUUCUUCUUAUACGAUGCGAUAGUAGACGAUUAGAAUAUCAUACUGUAUGAUUAGAACGAGUAUAGAUGGGUAGAGUUCGUUUCAGAGGUAUGUUCAGGAUGUAUUACUAGAAACGAAAUAAAAUAAAAAAGAAUGCG